AUGUUCUGGUCCUGCUGCACCCGAGCUCCUAAGCAGGACCCUGACCAAGACCGAGUGGUGAACACGAAACACCUGUCCUGCCCGCGAUGCCGUAGGUUGCUCAUCGUCCCCAACGUCGACACCUUCAGGUGUCAUUGCUCGCUGGUAUUCAGCAAGGUGAGAGAUGCUGUGGGAGGCACGAUGCAGCUGUGCUUCAGCCUCAGCGAGCAGGAGCUUCACGGGCAGGGAUGCGGCCUGCCCCGAGAGCUGGUGGAACGGUUGCCCGUAACCGUCGUGACCGAGGAGAUGUGCGCGAAGAAGAAACAUCAGGCGGUCGACGCGAACGGAGAACAAGCGCCGAAAGCUGAGCCCAUCGACGACGACAGCAUGACCUGCCGAAUCUGUCUAUCGGAUUACCAGCCCGGGGACAAGGUGCGCAUCCUCCCCUGCUUUCACCGGUUUCACGUGAGCGAGAUCGACGACUGGUUGAACCGGAACGUUUGCUGCCCGCUUUGCCAUCUGGACAUCAGCAAGGCACUCACGGGCUCUUCCGGCGUGGCGUUUGUUAGCGUCAUUGAGGGAAACCCUCGACCCGUCAUCGAGCGGACGAGAAGGGCAUAG